AUGAAGUCCUUCUCUCCCGUUGCUCUGGCCCUCCUGGCCGCCCUCGGCAUGGUGUCGGCCGCCGAUGUCUCUGCCACUGACUGCGCUCAAAUGUGUGUCAACAACAUGAACGACAAGGCCUCGGAGCUCAACUGCAAGUCUGGCGACAUGGAGUGCCUGUGCAAGAGCCAGGACUACUCCUACGGUAUCCGUGACUGCACCAAGGAGGCCUGCCCCAACGACGACGCCGAGAAGGUGCUGAAGAUGGCCCUGGAGAAGUGCCCGAAUGGCUCUAGCUCUGGCUCCGGCUCCGGCUCCAACACCAGCUCGGGUUCGGACUCGGGCUCUGGCUCUGGAUCUUCCACUGAGUCUGGCAACGGCAGCGGCAGUGGUUCUUCCACCACUGGCGGUUCUGGUUCUGGCUCUGGUUCUGCCACCACCACCGGCGGCGGCAGUGACAGCACUGGCAGCAGCAUGUCUGGCAGCAUGACUGGCUCCAACGGAAGCGGCAGCGGCACCGCUACUGCCACUGGCUCUGGCGCCAACGGAUCUACCACCAUGAUGACCACUACCACUGGCUCCGGCGCGAGCUCGACCGAGACUGGCUCAGGCUCCGGCUCCGGCUCCAGCACUGGCUCCGGCUCUGACUCUGGCUCCAGCUCUGAGACCGGCUCUGGCUCUGAGACCGGCUCUGGCUCUGCGCCUUCCACGAGCACUGCUGGUGCUCACCCCAUGGCCACCGUCGGCAGCGGUGCUGUUGGCGUCAUGGGUCUGGCUGCCUUGCUGGUCUUGUAA